ACCGGUUCGAAUUCGAGAACGAGAGAGAGCGAAGGGUACCAAGUUUUGUUUCUAUUUUCUUGUGUGUACCUCGAUAAUGGCGGAGAUCUGUUGUGGCGUGGAGACGGCGGCUUUGAAGUCCUGCGAGCCGGGAUCACGCGCGGCGAGGCGGCGCCGGAUGGAGAUCCGGCGGCUCAGCUUCGUCGCCGGGGUGGAGGCACCAGCGGUGGAGGACGAACCCAGUGAAAAGCGGCAGAGGAUGGAUGGCGGCAGCUCCUCCGGGAGCGCGGAAAAGUCUGGAACGACACCGGGUGGGAGCCCGAGUCUGGAGCCUCCCAUUAUGGCGUCCGCGGAAUUGGGGACGUCCGGUCGGCGCCCGAGGUUUGGGAUGGCUGCGGUCCGCGGGCGGAGGAGGGACAUGGAGGACGCCGUCUCCAUCCGUCCCGACUUUGUUCGGCGAGACGAUGGGGUUUCGGCGAGGCACCAUUUCUUCGGCGUCUUUGAUGGUCAUGGCUGCUCUCACGUGGCGUCGCUGUGUAGCGAUCGGAUGCACGAGGUGGUGGCGGAGGAAGUAGAGACGCUUGCGUCGGGUGCCGCUACAUCGCCGCAGGCAUGGAGGGUGGCGAUGGAGAGGAGCUUCGCUCGGGUGGACGCGGAGGCGGUGAACGGGAGCGGUGAGCGCCCGAGCCAGGACUGCCGAUGCGAGCUCCAGCCGCCGAGGUGUGACCACGUGGGCUCCACCGCCGUGGUCGCCGUCGUCAGCCCCACCCGGAUCGUCGUCGCCAACUGCGGCGACUCCCGCGCCGUCCUCUGCCGCAACGGCGCCCCCAUCCCCCUCUCUUCCGACCACAAGCCGGACCGAGAGGACGAGCUGCAGCGGAUCGAAGCCGCUGGGGGUCGAGUGAUCUAUUGGGACGGGGCGAGGGUUCUUGGCGUGCUCGCCAUGUCUCGAGCCAUAGGGGACAGUUAUUUGAAGCCGUACGUGAUAUCGGAGCCGGAGGUGACGGUGUUGGAUAGGGAGGAGGGCGACGACUGCCUGAUCCUGGCGAGCGACGGGCUGUGGGACGUGGUGAGCAACGAGACGGCCUGCGACAUCGCAAGGAUGUGCCUGCAGGGCGGCGGCGACGAAGAAGAGGAAGUCGCUGGCGGUGAUGCAUCGUGCUCGGACGCGGCCGUACUGCUGACAAAGCUGGCCUUUGCGAGGCACAGCGCAGAUAACAUCAGCGUGGUCGUCGUCGACCUAAGAGAGAAAUGGAAAACGGCGCCUACGACGCCGACGAGGAAGAAUUCGUAGUACUGAAAGACUUACUAUUAUUCUCUUAUAUCUCUUCAGCUUCCCCGUAGCAGCACCAGAUUGCCUUGAGUGGCGGUGAAAGAGAAAAAACGCCGGCGUAGCUAACCUGGGAGGAUGGAGAUGAGAAAUCAUUAAGAUGACCAGAAUCUCUCUGGCUUUUCUCAUUUCUUUUCUGUUGUUGAUUACAAUGAAGGUGGCAAAUUUGUAUGGUGACAGUAGAGUUUCACCUUUUACAGCAUUCCCUUCUUUUCCUCGAGGGCUUUCGAUUACCUUUGUCAAUGACGAACGACCUGACGGAUCAUGAACAGAUGUUUGGAUCAGUUAUGGCCAAUGUUUAGCAAAA